GAAAUUAAAUUCCCACUAGCCCAUCAAACCCUAAUCGGUCGCAUGAAACCGCGGUAACAAUUGAUUUAUUUAUUAAUUUUUAUCGUGUCCCGAUUCGCGGCUACUUGAAAGUUGAAGGGCUAGAAAAGACCUCACAGAAAUUUAUUAACACCUAACUAUCAUGUAUAUUUCUCCUUCCAAAACCCACAGACUAAAUUAUGGACUUCAUCAUUGGAGGCCUAGCAGGUGCUGGUGCCACCGUCAUAACGAACCCCAUGGACGUGGUCAAGACCCGCAUGCAACUGCAAGGGGAGUUGAAGGCACGGGGAGAAGGCCCCUUGCGGUAUAAGAGCAUCUUCCAUGCGCUGUAUGUGAUCGGGAAGACUGAUGGGCUCUUUGCCCUGCAGAGGGGGCUUGCUCCCGCUAUGCUGUUGGGGUUCACCAUGAACUCUGUUAGAUUAGGAGGGUACCACACGACGCAGACGCUCGGCUGGACGAAGGAUGCCAGCGGCGAGACGGUGCUGACGAGGGCGAUGGCGUGCGCUAGCCUGAGCGGUGCGCUGAGCGGGCUCACCGGCAACCCAGCUUUCGUGCUCAAGACGAGGAUACAAGCGUCCGCUCAUCCUAGCAUCGCGGUUGGAAGGCAGCACAAGUAUAACGGAAUGAUUGACGGCUGCCGCAUCAUUUACAGAACGGAAGGCCUGAAGGGCUUCUUCGCCGGUGUCAACGCGACCUGUCUCCGUCUGGCGAUCGGCAGCGCUGCCCAGCUGCCGACCUUCACCAUGUAUGUUCACUUUUACUAGUUUCUUAAGGAUUUCAAAAUAAAUGUGACUCUUCUCUUUAUACCAGCAUCACACAAACAAUGCUGAUGAUAGAGGCUAUAGAUAAAUACAGAGUGAGGUU